GAAACGCGUGCCAAACGAAGGUAAUGGGAUACGAAGAAGAGAGAAAGAGCACCACGUUGGGUAGCAUUUGGUUGCAUUAAAGCGCGUGCAGGGUCUUCCGACCCGACCCCCAUUACCUCCGUUCACAAUAUUUUCAUUUCUUCCCCUCCUUUUUUUCUUUCUUACGUUUCUAUAAGAUCUAACUCCUCCUUAUUUCACAAUCUUUCCCUCUUCCAUUCUCAUCCAUCAGAUUAUAUUUACCACUAUCUUUCUCAUCUUUCUCUCUCACAACGAUUUCCCUCGGAUUUCAUAUUGGAAUCGGGGAACAUUGGUUCAAAUAUGAGCUCUCGAACAGGCAGGCCGACUGCUGUCAGAAGUUACCGGCGAAGGAAGGCAGUUUUGGACCUUGACCUUAACCGGGUACCGGCUGGUGAUAAUCGCGAGCAGGAGGGACCUUCCAUUCAGUUGGAGCCUCAAGUAGUAGAAACUCAAGUCAACAACCAGCAACAACAAGCCAACAACCAGCAACAACCCCCUUUGAUUGAUGUGGAGGCCAUUGAUGAUGAUGUUAUUGAAUCUUCCCCAAGGGCUUUUGCUGAGGCUAAAAACAAUUCUAGAAGAAAUCGCGGGAGGACUAUAGUUGAUGUGGAUUUAGAAGAGCAGACUAGGGUAAACAACAAUAUUCGCUACAAGCGCAGAAGAGAACCUCCAAAUCGAACCAUUAUCAAUUGUGAUCUUUAUAUUAAUUUGGAAGGCAGUAGUAGUGCUCCGGUGGAAAAUGUCAAAAAGCUACCUGAGCCUCCAAAGGAACCCGUCUUCAAUUGUCCUAUAUGCAUGGGCCCUUUGGUUGAAGAAAUGUCGACAAGGUGUGGUCAUAUUUUUUGCAAGGCAUGUAUCAAGUCUGCAAUAAGUGCUCAGGCUAAAUGUCCUACCUGUAGAAAAAAGAUCACCGUGAAAGAGCUUAUAAGGGUCUUUCUCCCAUCAACUGGUUAAGGCUUUCCAUGCAAGCUGAGGCGAUGAUUACAGGGAAUGGAAGAAGCAUUGCAGUUCGGAGAUUGCCAAGUGGUUUUGUUGUUUCCAAGUUGUCGGUCUGAAUAGCUGUUUAAUUUAUCAUUUAUCAUAUACAUGAAGAUGUUUGGUGGAUACAAUUCCUUGCUCAGUUUUUUUAGCUUUCAUGCUCUGAAUCAUUCCUCUAUCUUUUUCUUUGGUGGAUAUACAUUGUCAGAAAAGCCAGUUGUGCCCUAUUAUUGACUCCAGGGGUUUAAGUAUGUAUAUUAGAUCCUUCUUGAGUUAACUGGUAGAAUUCAUUGGAUUCAGUUUGCCAGUAGGAAUUACUAUA